AGGCCCAGAAGAGGAAUGGCCAGUAGCCCACAGAGACAACCCAGAGGGCAGAAUAAUCCACUCCAUGUCCAAGAACCUUUCUUGCAGAUGGCCCACGCCCGAGAGCCCCUCCUGACCCAUCAACCGCUGGCCCGGCGUGAGUUCCUCCUCCCCAGUGAGCCCGGGGAGUGGCCCGGCUUCACCCGGCAGGCCUACCACCGGCUGGCCCUGAAGCCGCCGCCUUGCACCGAAACGAAAUCCGAGGUGCGCCGCCGACUGAUCCGCCCUUGGAAGGACGCGGCGCCGCACACGUGGGGCUUUCACACGUGGCUCGAUGUGGGCCGUUUGCCAGCCACCUUUCCCACCAGGCCCGACAGGCCCUACGACAGCAACGUGUGGCGCUGGCUGACGGACUCCGGGGCCCACGGCCGCCCCCCAGCGGAGCCUCCCAUCCCUCCUCCCUCCUGGAUGGGUCCCAACAGCUUUCUGACCUUCAUCUGCUGUACUCCUAUCUUCGCGGACGACAACAGGAAGAACCAGGUGACCGUCAGGACGGUGCAGGAACUGAGGGAGCUGGAGAAACUCAGGCUGAGGAGUGAAGCAAGGGCACCUCCCCUCGACGCCAAGGGCAACAUCCUGCCCUCGAAGAAGUUCAAGAAGUACCGGCACAUCUCAACUGGUGGAAGGUUUGAGCCUGGAGGCCUCCAGCUCAUGCCCAACCCACUUCCCAAUGAUUUCGCCAGGGGCUGGCCCUGCCCAAACCCUCUGCCUCAUUACCAGGAGAAGGUGCUAAAACUGGCCUUCCUGCCUAGUGCACCCCUGAGCCAGGACCUCCUGAGGAAUUACCAAACCCUGAUAGAGAACCGGGUUGCCUUGCCCCUCUAUCAACUCUCCAAGGCACAACCUGGUAAAACCUUAGUGAGGAAGACCAAGAGAAGACCUGGACAGAGCUAG